AUGUCGAUGCUGCACGGCUUAAUUGUGCACAGGGAGUGGUUGCCACGCCUGAUGACUGGGGAGGUUGCAUGUGUAGUCAAAGCUUCAAAAACUCCGCGGAGAGGACCUGUUUAUUUGGUAGAAAGUGGCACUGGUAGAGUAGCAGCGACAGCCACCCUCACGGAGGUGAGACAAUUCAACAGCACCGAAAAAGCCAACCCAAUUAUCAGAGAGGAGUGUGGUGAGCCUGCCCUGCACUCUGCUUUUGGAUGGUUUUUUUCUGAUGUUGCAACAGAGUCAACCGUCGCGGCUGUACCGUCUGCUGCUCGCCACGGUCGCAAGUGGCUGUCCCCUGAGAUCAUGGCUGGGCAAGUUCCUGUCGCGAAGCAGCGAGCACCUCCCUCCAAUCGCGGGUGGCCGAAGAAAUUUCCCCGAAAGCCUAGAGCCGACAAACGGACUGGCGAGCUGCAGCCAAAGCUGACGUUGAGAAAGGUGCCCUCAGCGUCAGGAAAGAAAAAGAAAGGAAAAAACAAAGGAAGAAAAUGCAGGUUGCCAGCCAAUACCCCUGCUGCAGAGGUGACCCCGGAUGGCACCCGCGGUGGAGACCAGAGCCUUGCUUUCCGUUUAGCUGCCGGACGCACUCACCGCCGGCUUUUGCAUCUGUCUCGAAUGCAUUUGUUUCACCAGCCAACGAAUGUGGAUGCGCCUAUCCAGCCGGCAAGCGGUUUGGCAGCAUAUCGGGACCAGCAAUUAGUGUACAUUCUCAGCACGCACAAUGCCAGAGGCAAGCCCAUGAGUGAUGUCUUACCGCUCCAUGAGACCACCAGUGGCCACCAUACAGCCUUUAGACGGGAGGUUAUGACUUGCCCGCAGAAAGAGCUGCGCAUGGUUGGGUGCAAGGUUUUGAUUCCAAGGAAGAAGACUGCGCGGCGAGGGCGGCUGCAUUUUGAUGUCCGAGAUGCUGCCGCGGGGACGGCUAAGGAGUUGGUCUUGCAUGCGGAGACGGAAGGAACGCAGCAGUCACCAUCUGCGUGCACGGAACAUGCGCCUACCAAGAACAGCUCAGGGAGAUGUGGCGCAGCUGCCGCAGGGACCGGAGACCAAGCUACUUCUGAGAAUGUGACCUUCCGCAUCUGCCCGGCCGCAGCAAAGGCUCAUUCCAAUGAAACCAAGCAUGAGGUCGUGGGCCAAGGGACAGACAUGGCUUGCAAAUACAUUUUAGAUUUACCACUUCCUCAGAUCCUGGACGUGCGAUCGUUUCGAUGUCGUACUUGCCUCAAGUACUUCCCUGUUCAAAUGUCAGACAUCAAGCGACACUUCCCAGACAUGCUGGUUUCACGCCAAAAAAAGAGCCGCAAGGUCAUGUUCUCCCCUCGCUUCUUGAUGUUGAUCCUGGGGAAAUUCGCGGAAACAUUCAAUGCCAACGCUGUCAAGCGAUUUGUGCUCGAUCUGUAUUUGGCCAAUUCCGUCUACAUCAAUCACGCUGACAAGGCGUUCUAUGCAGUGGAAUCCUUGCCGCGAAAAUUCGCCCUGCGAACUAUUUUGCGGGAUGCUCUUCUGUCCUAUUUGCCUCCUUUAGUCAGCCAUGUGGAAAAACAUGUGCACGUUUACAGUGGAUCAGCCAUUCGAGGUGACGGACAUUUCAAGGUUGCGUCUCGUAUCUUGCCCCAGGAAAAAAUCAAUGUGAUCUAUGCUUGGAUUGGCAUUGACGGUGCUUUGCUACGCCCUCCGGCAGCAAUGGCAGGAGAGACAUGGCCAGACAUCAGGCCGCACUUGGAAGAGUUGGUGGCAGACAUCAUCAGCCAUCGGAAGGAAGCGGGCCUGCCAGGGAAGGCUUGCUGCCCAGCAUUUCAUGCAACCGAUUCCUAUAGUAAGCAUCGCUUGAAAUUGGGAAGUCUUUACACCCGCUCGCUACCUGUUGGCCUGCGACCUGUCUCCAGUACGCCUAAAGGGCCCGCGCAAUCCAUUGAGGUUGGUGCGGAAGAAUGUCCGACGCUGAUCACUGGCGAUCCAGCUCAUGAUUGCUUUGCCUUGCGACGCAUCGUCUCUAUCAAAUCUGCUGAUGCGGGACCUUUCCUCGCCGCCCACAGGGACCUGAUGGAGCGGUUAAGUCUACCGCCUCCUCCAAGCCCAUCAUUUGCCCAGUGGGACGGGAAGGUGCAGGAGUUGCCUGAGGACGGACCUUGUGCUCUUCCCAAGUGUUCUUCAAGCUCUUUGCCAAAGAUCCAGGAAUUUCUCCAGCAACCUUAUGCUUCUGAAGCAAGCACUUGGCGGGCUGUGUUCGCAAGAGCACCCCCGCGUGCAGUGGUAUCGGCCUGUCUCCGCAGCUUGCGUGCAGGCAAGGUGGCUUCCAAAGGGACCACAGCCGAGCUUCAAGCAACGCAACUGCAUGGUACCAUGCAGCGCUGGAGUUACCGAUGCAAAAAGGAAUUCAAGACGGAAGCUCGGCGAAUUUUGCGAUGGUGGUCUCAGCCUGUGCGCCAGGCAGCAGUCUUUCGCAAGCGAAUCUUCAGAGAUGGUCAGAAGAGGUAUUGGGCCCGCCCAAGUAUCGUAGUUACUAAGAAGGUGCGUGCGCACUUCAAGAAGCUGGUGAAGAAGCUUCGCGUUGAAGGCUUUUUCAAAUGGCAGCAGGCAGCUUUGGGGACAUUAGAAGCACAGAUUCCGGUUCAAUCGGGUACCAUUCCCGUAGAGAGGUUCUGGUCGACUCUGUUGACGUACAUGCCGGAAUCUGCCCAAUACAUCAGUUUGAAGUGGUAUCAAGUUUUGGCAUCCUUGGCGUUCAUCAAGUUCAACUUCCAGCAUUUUGCUGGAACGUCUUUGGCUGGUGUGUCUGAAGAGGACGCCGAAAUGCAGUCCAAACUAGACACAGCCAUGAUGUUGGCCCGUGCGCUACAUGAAAGCGAGACAGCUUGGAAUGCUAGUCAUUUGCAGACGGUCUUCGAUCCUUUCCGGGACUGA